AUGUCGUCAAGGCGUAGAUCCGAUGCCAAAGCAACCGAAAAUGACCAUAAUCAGAACAGCGUCCUUUCGGCCAAGGUUUCGAGAGCUCUCGAGGUGAGGAGCGACACUCCUGCCAUGAAGGCUGCCCUGGAUGCCCUGGCACAUCUUCCAGAUCAUCAGGAUGAUUUGUUUUCUGUGGACUCUCGAUCAGUGCGUGUUGCUAUUGAACAAGAUGCUCUUCAGCAAGCACUGUUUUUGCAAGAAAAACUCCGUGGUUUGUUGGAUACAGUGUCUGAUUUACGAAACGGUGUAACCGAGAUUGCUGCGAUUGCCCAUGAGGUGGAAGAUGCCGUCUCGAUGAAUGUAAUGGCGGAUUCUAAGCCACCGCCAUCCGAUUCAAAUUCUGAAGCAAAAGAAAAUGAGAAUGCUGCAGCAAACACGGCCGCAGAUAUUGGACUCGAAGCGGAACAAAAACUGGCUUUGACUCUAAGCGAAGCAUUUGUCCAACGCAACAUGGCGAAGAAACGAGUGGAAGCGGUGCACGCAUUUUUGGAAAAGUUCGAUUUGUCCGAGGAAGACUCUCGUCUCUUGGAUCAUUACGCAUUUGAGGAUAUUGAAACUUCAGCGGUCAAUGGUAUGGCUUUCCUUGCAGCAUUGGAACGCGUUCGUGUAAUUCGGUUGGAGCUUGGUCAAAAGAGUAGACUAAGUGAUGCUGAUGCCAGUCGUCUGGGAGCGUCAUCGACCCUUCGAAUGAUGGAAGGCCUUGCAAUGAAGCAAGAAAACGCAUACGAAAGGCUCUAUCACUGGCUACAAAAAUAUCUUCGUGUUUUUGGAAACGAGUCUGCAGGUCCAAAUGCCUUGGACGAGGAUGUUUUGGAUGAGGCAUUAUCCAAUCCUUUUGUUCUCAAGUCGCUUCGCGCACUCAAGAAUGUCCCAGCCUUCCAUUCCCACUUGCUGGAAUUGAUUGCAUCUUCCAGAAGAUCUGAAGAAACUCGAAGAUUUUUGAUUGCACUUACUAGUGGUUAUCAAGGUCUUCCACCGAUUGAAAUGAGGGCUCAUGAUGCAGUUGUUUAUGUUGGUGAUAUGCUGGCCUUUUGCUUCCAAGCCUUUUCUGUGGAGGCUGAUGUGGCAAAGGGCGUCCUUCGAACUGUCGCGGAUGAUGACGACGAUGGUGACGAAGGCGAGGUAAAGACUCCUUUGGCAUUAGAUGAAGCUGACUACCUAAUUGAGAAACCGAUGACGGCAGCAGAAAUGGUUAUUCAAAGUAUGGGGGGUGUGGCCAGACCACUAAAGUCACGUAUUCUCCAAGUAAUUGCAAACCUGUCUCGGCGGCAGAACGAUGACUACGAAUCUGAUGACGAUAUGGAAGAAAUCGAAGAGGAGGGUUCUGGUGCUCGCCAUCGUCUCGCCCAACUCUAUGAAAUCUGCGGCCUUCUACUUUUCUACAUGUCGGCAAUCGGCAAGUCCAUUUCCAAACUUGAAGAUUGGGAGGUCUCAACAGAGAAGAAUCCUCUUUUGGAUUCGCUCGUUGAGUGCUUGGAGGAAGGCACACAAGCUUAUGACGCUUCACUUCGUGUGUACUGUUCAAUGUUUGAGCAACUCAACUUGUUGACUGGGGAUUCGGAAUCAUUAUUGGCACAUGCUAUGAUUAUUAAACUUGCCGACUUGCGAAAUACUUCUCCAGGCUUCACGACAACCGUAGAGUGUCCAGCCGACUGCAAACAGGCACUAUCAUUGGAUUUCGCUUGCAAAAUUCUUGUUGAAGCUUCUUUGCCAAGCUGCAAAUCGCUAGAUGAUACAGUAUUGCUUAAGCAAGCGAUUGCAACCGCAAAUGAAUCAGAAUUGGGCGAAGAGAUCACACUAUCACUACGAGAUAAGAUUGAAAUCCGGGAGACAUCGCUGAUCAACGAGCUAGUUCAAAAGGAGACUUCGGAUGUUCUUGACUUGUGCGGUCUUGGGUCGCUUUUGUCUGCGCUGGAUCGAUUCAAUGGUGUACAAGUCGAUGGAAUGGUAAUGUCUGCGCAUCCUGGACUCGCACCAGAGGACGUCCAAGUGGCAAUGAAGGAAUUUUAUACGUCUCUUUACUCUCCACCCAUUCCUUCCUUUGAAAGCACGAUCAGGGAUCCAUCUCUGCGGAAGUCAGCUCGGAAAAAGAUUGCUGACAGCGUUUGUGACUCUUACAAAACACUGUACGAUACAAUGACCACGAGCGAGAGAGGCGGGUACGAUGAUUUGGGAUUUCUCAGCCAUACCCCUGAACAAGUGUCCACACUCUUCACCCUAUAA